AUGAUGCUUUACCGCUCAGCAGCCGUCGUCGCCCUCCUGCCCACCUAUGGUGUGGCUACCAAGUUCCUUGCUGGUUCAGGCAAGGCGCAGGCGAUUGAUGCCUCUCAGUUGAAGCAGUUUGGCGGCGACCUUGGAAGUCCCAAUCUCGCCACCACCCUGAUGUCUGCCAUCGGCUCUGGCAACGUGCUCCCAGCUAGCAACCAAGAUUUCCCAAAGGGUGACAGCCCUCAAGGCAAUGGCAAUGCAGGCAUCGCUGAUGGGGUCAACGACUGCGGAUUCUCGACCUUUGUCCAAUUGAAUGAGGAUGAGGGCUACGCACAGGCAUCUGUCGAUGACUGCUACGCCCUCAUCGACGAAAUCGUGAAUGACCAGGAAUGGAUCAUCACCCAGGAACUCCAGACCAUUGUCGAGAACGGAACCUGUGCGUUCCAAGCUGUCGUCUCCAAGGGUCAAGGUGACGGUCUCGUUGGAGCGCUCGGCAACGCCGACAUCAUCGACCUUAUCACAGACGCCAUCAAACAACUCGGCGGGGAUGGCUACAUCGGCUGCCACGGUGGCUUUGGCAUGUACACCUCGGCCGCCGGCGCCAUGCCCUGCGACAGCCCCAACCUCUCAGACGGUGAGCAGGUCUUUGUCGACUGGUUCCUCACUUCCCCAGGCGGCAUCGCUGGUGGCGAGAGCGGUUCAAGUGAUGGCGGUGACGGCGGUUCAAGCUAUGGCGGUAAGAGCGCUUCAAGCUAUGGCGGUAAGAGCGCUUCAAGCUAUGGCGGUGACGGCGGUUCAAGCGAUGGCGGUAAGAGCGCUUCAAGCUAUGGCGGUAAGAGCGCUUCAAGCUAUGGCGGUAAGAGCGCUUCAAGCUAUGGCGGUGACGGCGGUUCAAACGAUGGCGGUGACGGCGGUUCAAGCGAUGGCGGUAAGAGCGCUUCAAGCUAUGGCGGUAAGACCGCUUCAAGCUAUGGCGGUGACGGCGGCUCAAGCGAUGGCGGUAAGAGCGCUCAAAGCUAUGGCCAUGACGGCAGUUCCAGCAAUAGCGAUGACAGCGACCGCCGUGUAGCAAGCCCUAGCUACUACGAGGACACUGCCACUGGCUACUCGGACGAGACUGCCGACGCCUACUAG